CUCGGACUAGUGCAUCGCAGCUGAUCCCUGCGGCGUUUAAGUAUCCCGGACCACCGGCCUGGGAGAGUUUUCAUCCUUCUGUGCAUCCUACACAUGGCCCUGCUGUUAUCAUGGAAUCCAGUCGCAGGGCCAACGGCGGUCAAUACCAAACAUUCGAGAAUGCCAGUGCGAAUCUGGACAGAGCGAUCGACGAGCCCGAGGACGACGUGUCAGACGACGAACUGCUGUCGGAUGCAGAGUCGAGAGAGAGAAGGCAGGAUGGAGUCAAGCAGGUUGAGGCUAUCACGGCUGUGUGGACGCUACGGGCUUUGAUAUUCACCUACAUCUUUAUCUACAUCCUCUCCUUCGUCAACUCGCUGCAGCAGCAGAUCACCAGCAACCUAGGUCCAUAUGUCACGUCGAGCUUCAAUCAACAUUCUCUCUACGCAACGACAAACGUCCUCUCCAGCAUCAUCGGCGGGUGCUCGAAACUUCCCAUCGCCAAAAUACUUGAUAUCUGGGGCCGUGUGGAGGGAUUCAUAUUGAUGACGCUGUUCUGCACCAUCGGGCUGGUUCUGAUGGCGUUUUGCAAGAAUGUCGAGACCUAUGCUGCUGCCCAGGUUUUCUACUGGGUUGGAUACAAUGGAAUGGGAUACGUGAUCAACAUUUUCCUGGCGGACACGACGUCUUUGCAGAAUCGGAUGAUUAUGUUUGGCCUCAACACGACUCCGUUUAUCGUGAAUGUCUUUUUGGGUCCUCAUAUCGCACAGCUUUUCUACGAACACAGCAGUUUCCGAUGGGCGUUUGGGGUUUUCUCCAUCAUCAUUCCUGUCAUGGCAAUGCCUGUUGCUGGCGUGUUUAUCUACAACAACCACAAAGCGAGGAAGAAGGGUCUUGUUCCACCGCGUGUUGCAAGCGGUCGAACUCGUUCACAGACAUUCUACUUCUAUUGCCGUGAAUUCGACAUUGUUGGCAUGUCUCUAGCGCUCAGUGGCUUCUGUCUAGUGCUUUUGCCUCUCUCUAUUGUCGGAACCACGGCUCACAGCUGGCAUACUGGGUAUAUAAUCACCAUGAUUGUUCUUGGUGUGCUCUUCCUGAUCGCCUUCUGCAUCUGGGAAAAAGACUAUGCACCAGUGACAUUCGUUCCGUUCAAGUAUCUCAAAGAUCGCACAGUCCUUGGAUCGUGUGUUCUUGCUGGUACUCUCUUUUGCAGUUUCUUUGCAUGGGAUCUCUACUUCACCUCAUAUCUUCAGGUGGUCAACAGCCAAAGCCUGCAAAACGCAGGUUACAUCGCCAACAUCUUCACCAUCGGGUCCUCUUUCUGGGGACCCAUCACUGGACUCAUGAUCAGAUACACCGGGCGGUUCAAGUGGCUGGGUCUGGUUGCAAUUCCUGUCCAAACCCUCGCCAUGGGACUUCUCAUCUACUUCCGCCAUCCCGGAACACAGAUCGGGUACAUCAUCAUGGCGCAAAUAUUCAACGCUCUAUCCGGCGGGACAUUGGUCAUGACCGAGCAACUCGCCGCCAUGGCUGCAGUCCCUCACAAUGAAGUCGCCGUUGUUCUCGCGCUGGAGGGUCUCUUCACCAACUUGGGUGCCUCGAUCGGUCAAUCCAUAUCCGGUGCCAUCUGGACGAACCUGAUGCCCAAGAAGCUUGCGGAAUAUCUCCCCGAAGAGUCCAAGAACAAUCUACGCUCUAUCUACGGCUCACUUCCUGUUCAACUGUCAUACCCCGUCGGCAGCCCAACUCGCACUGCUAUCAUAGAAGCUUACGGAUAUGUACAGCAUCGCAUGCUGGUUGCUGGUAUGUGCUUUAUGCCUCUUGCCUUUGCCUGUGUGCUGCUGUGGCGCAAUAUCGAUGUGAAGGGGAAGAGACAAGUUCAUGGAAAGGUUUUUUAGACAGUAUAUAUAGACAUAGAUCACAUACUGCAAUGAUAGAGAUCAUAUCCAUGCCAUGAAUAAAUACUCAAGCCAAGACGAUGCUAAACACAGGCCCUGCCGAUCCGGGGUUAUCUACCCCGAAUUCCCCGCCUCCACACGACAAACGCGGGGAAGCCCAC